GGAGCCGGAGCCGGAGCCGAGUGAGUGAGUGAGGAGCCAAGAUGCCGCCCGUGGACAAGCUGUUGCUGGAGGAGGCGCUGCUGGACAGCCCGCAGACACGGUCCCUGCUGAGUGUGUUUGAGGAAGAUGCGGGCACGUUAACUGAGUUCACAAACCAGCUGUUGCAAGCCAUGCAGAGGGUCUAUGGUGCUCAGAAUGAAAUGAGUAUUGCCACACAACAGCUGUCCAAACAGCUCAUUGCAUAUGAAAAGCAGAACUUUGCCUUGAGUAAAGGGGACGAUGAAGUGAUUUCUACCCUUCACCGCUUUGCCAGAGUUGUGGAUGAGCUAAAUUCUCUCCACACAGAGUUGGCGAAACAAGUUGCUGACACCAUGAUAUUCCCAAUGAUACAGUUCAGGGAAAGAGAUCUCACGGAAGUAAGCACUUUAAAAGAUUUGUUUCUACUUGCUAGUAAUGAACAUGAUGUGGCAAUGGCGAAAUACAGCAAGCUACCUAAGAAAAGAGAAAAUGAAAAGUUGAAAGCGGAGGUGGUAGCAGAAGUAUCAGCUACGAGGAGAAAACAGCAUCAUUCUUCCUUGCAGUAUUACUGUGCCUUAAAUGCGCUGCAGCACAGGAAGAGAGUGGCUAUGCUGGACCCAUUACUUGGCUUCACUCAGGGACAGAUCAACUUUUUCAAGAUGGGAGUGGAGAUGUUUUCCAAGAAAUUGGAUGAUUUUUUGUCUUCUGUUGCAACAAUGGUCCAAAGUAUCCAAGGACAACUGGACACAGAGGCUGAGACUAUGAGACUGACCCAGCAGGAGUUGUUGCUGGCCAGUGAGACCACCUACAUGCCCGACAACAACACCACUACAUCCAAAAAAGCCAACAGGAACCUCCUCCAAAAGGCUGGCUAUCUCAAUAUUCGAACUAAAACCGGCCUGGUGUCGACGUCGUGGGACAGGCUGUACUUCUUCACCCAAGGAGGUAACCUGAUGUGUCAGCCGCGAGGGGCGGUGGCUGGCGGGCUCAUCCUGGACCUGGAUAAUUGUUCCGUCAUGGCCGUCGAUUGUGAAGACAGACGGUACUGCUUACAGAUUGUGUCACCAUCAGGAAAGAUGAACAUUAUCCUACAAGCAGAAGGCAAGCAAGAGUAUGAAGAGUGGAUUUGCACCAUCAAUAAUAUAUCCAGGCAGAUCUACCUCACAGACAACCCAGAGGCAAUUGCAAUCAGGCUGAACGAGACAGCAGUGCAAGCAGUGACACCAAUGUCCACGUUUCAGAAGAAACACGAAAGUUUCCGUCCUAAGCAAGUUGAGAGUGAUGGUGCUGAAGCUGCCAGGAGUGAGAAGAGUGUGACUGAAGUCCCAGAAUCAGCAGACCCACUCAUAAUUCCGGGAACUCCGAUUCGUUUUGACCUGUGUCCAGCAAGUGAAGAAAGUGAACAGAAUCGGUCCAGCAGCGGACGCACAAACCCGUUUGGAGAAUCGUGCCUGGAGAAAGACACUACUCCCGAAGUGUGUGUGUAUGAGGUGGUAUGGUCAGUAUUACAUCAUAGUCCUCUUGUUCUCCAGAUAUGUUCCGUUAUAGAUUUCGGGAGGAAGAUUACUCAGGCCGAGAAGGAUCCAGAGGCUUUGGCUGCACUGAUGAAGGCGACAGAACUGAGUGCCGAUGGCAAAUUCUUUCUACUGGGUCAAACGGAUAAAGAUGAAACAGACGCUUGUUUAGAAUCGGAAGCCUAGAUCCACGUGAAGUGAUGCAAUCUCAGCUAAAAAACAUCUGCACUCCCUAACUCCCUUUCCUUCUCCGAUCUGACUUGGCUUCAACUUUAUACAAGUGAAGCUGUGGGCAAACUAUGUGAAGGCCUUUCUUUUCAGCAGGGGAUACAGAAUCACUAUCAUUUUACCUGUAAUCAGAUGAAUCACAGCUGAUUUACACAUUCACUCACACACUUGCAUUAAUACUUUAAAAGCCUUAGACCAGUCACACUUCAGAGCUUUGAGGAACCCCAGCCUUUUAGUCAAAUAGAAAGAUUUGUAUUAAUGACAUAUUUCAAAACCUCAUAUUCGCAAAGUGCUUUUUACUUUACAUUGCAGUGUUGGCUAGAUGUGGUGCUAAGAUUACAAAUCUUACUGUAGCCAAGUUAACCAAGUUAACCCCAAAAAAGUAUAUUACAAUCGGCUACAUAUUUAACCAAGUAUAUUUCACCUGUGUGUGUAUAAUUGUGUGUGUGUGUGUGACAGGUUUUUGCAGGAUAGCAAUCUGUGAUAAAGCUGGAGUACUAACCCUGGAGUAUUAUGUUCAGUUAAGUUAAAUACAUCAGUAUUCUUGGUUAGAUGCAUCCUGGAAUUUUAAACAUUGAUUGAUGACAUGUCCUCUUGAGUAAGGAGUGUGAUUUUCACAUCUGCACAGGUCAGUGUUCUCAUUUACUCACAUAAACUAUGCGUUAAAGAGACUUUAGUCACACAAAGGGGAAGGGUUACAUUUGACAUUGCUGGGACUAAAUUCACAAUACUGAGAACACUGUUGGUCUCCAAGGAGCUGGGAACAGUUGAAGAAAGGCAGGUGAUACAGACCUUGUGUCAGUGGGUGUGUGAGGGAGAAGAGUGAAUACUGGCAUAUUUAUAAUUGUAAUAUAGUUGUACAUGUGGAUGUGGAGGGGCGGCAGGCUUGGAGGACAGGAAGUGAGGAGCAACUUUAGAGAGGUGUAUAAAACCAUGACAGGAACGAUAGGGUGAAUGCAUAGUCUUUUAUCUGGGGAAUCAAUGGGUGAGAGGGGAAAGUAUUAAUAGGAACAUGAGGGAGAACUUCUUCAUUCAGAGGGUGUGGGGUAUAUGGAACAGACUGCCACAGGAAGUAGUUGAGGUAGGUGCAAUAGCAGCAUUUAAAAGACUCUUGAUAAGUACGUAGAUAGGAAGCCAAGGGAGAUACAGGCCAAACGGGACUAGUUUAGAUGAGGUGUCUUGGUCAGCAUGAAUGAGUUGAUCAGAAGGGCCUGUUUCCACAUUGUAUGAUGCAUGUCUAUCCCUCCUCUCAGAGCAGAACCAUUUCAAUCCUGCCCCAGUCCCCUCACACAUUACAGGAAGGGAAUAGAUUGCUUGAAUACACUUACACACAGAAGACUUUUUUGAACUAUGAUAAACCAAAAACAUGCAGACGAGUUCAUGACAUGUACGUACUCCGAACACGUGUUUCCAUGCCUUACUUCAGAGAGACUGGACAUGCUAGAGUCGAGCAUUCUAACUCAGUGCAUUGCCAGAACUGUCAGCUUUGGGAUAUUAUUGUAGGACUAAUCUUCAUGAACUAACUUCAUAAAACUGAUAGCAAUGCCUCCCCAGGAGAACAAGGGCAGGAUUACUGCACCCAGAGCACAGCAGAGCUCAGAUUCUCUGUCAGGAAGGUGGAGGCGGCAGAAGUUCUCCCUCUUCCACCUCCAGCUACAAUACAGGUGGAUCGAGGCCUGAUGUCUGUGUGGCUGUGAGGAACAGUAGUAAGGGCUGCAUGUUUCUGAGCUUUCCACAAACAUUGCACCUCCAAACAGAUGUGACAUUGCACAGCAGGUGUAAAUAACUGCCACUAUUGUAUGAGGGUGCCCUAGUGUUGCGGCUUUAUUUCUGGUCAUAUCUACUGAUGGACCCACAAAUUGCUGCUAAUGCAACCUCUAAAACAUUGCAAAUAAGAUUGAUAUUUUGCUUUUUGUGGAUAAUAAACACUAUUGUCUAGAAAUUAAA